UGAUAACGGCAACACUGAGUAGUCUGGCGGAAGUGUUUACACACCCCUGAUAAUGAAAUUUGCAGUUAAUUUAAGUUCCUAGGGAAGGGUUAAUAAAGAUAAAUCUGCCAUUUAGUGUUUUAAGUUCUAGAGAAAUUAUAUUAUUACAAAAUGUCCAAUCGGUUGCCGCCCUGCAUUGUCGAUGUCGGCACUGGGUACACAAAGCUUGGCUUUGCUGGCAACAAUGAACCUCAGAUUAUCAUGCCCUCGGCCGUGGCCAUCAAAGAAACUGCCAAAGUUGGGGAUCAGUCAAUGCGACGUCUCUGCAAAGGAGUUGAAGAUCUUGAUUUCUUUAUUGGGGAUGAAGCUAUGGAAGCCACAGGAUAUGCAGUGAAGUACCCUGUGCGUCACGGCAUUGUGGAAGACUGGGACCUGAUGGAGAAAUUUUUGGAGCAAUGUAUCUUCAAGUACCUGAGAGCAGAGCCUGAAGAUCAUUAUUUCCUCUUGACUGAACCUCCCCUGAACACACCCGAGAAUAGAGAGUACACUGCAGAGAUAAUGUUUGAGUCGUUCAAUGUGCCUGGCCUGUACAUUGCUGUACAAGCGGUGCUGUCUCUGGCCGCGUCCUGGGCGUCUCGGCAGGUCACCGAGCGAUCCUUAACUGGCUGUGUUGUUGACUCUGGUGAUGGAGUCACCCACGUCAUCCCUGUGGCGGAUGGGUAUGUGAUCGGGUCGUGCAUCAAGCACAUUCCGAUAGCGGGGCGAGACAUCACAUACUUCGUGCAGUCGCUGCUACGAGAGCGCGAGUCCAGCAUACCUCCACAGCUCAGCAUGGAGACUGCUAAGGCAGUCAAAGAGCGGUACAGUUACAUCUGUCCUGAUAUUGCCAAAGAGUUUAACAAAUACGACAGUGACCCCAGCAAGUGGAUCAAGCGCUACGAGGGGCUUAACCCUGUCAACAACACCAAGUUUGAGAUCGACAUAGGAUAUGAGAGGUUCCUUGGACCUGAAAUUUUCUUUCAUCCUGAGUUUGCCAACCCCGACUUCACGGUGCCCAUUAGCGAGGUUGUGGACAACGUCAUUCAGAACUGUCCUAUAGACGUACGGCGGCCGUUGUACAAAAACAUUGUCCUGUCAGGAGGCUCGACGAUGUUCAAGGACUUUGAUAGACGCAUGCAGCGCGACGUCAAGAGGAUAGUUGAUGCGAGACUCAGGAUAACUGAGCAACUUAGUGGUGGCCGGAUAAAGCCUAAGCCCAUCGACGUGAACGUGGUAGCUCACAAGAUGCAACGCUACGCAGUGUGGUUCGGCGGCUCCAUGCUAGCCUCCACCCCACACUUUUACCAAGUUUGCCACACCAAGGCCGAGUAUGAGGAGAGGGGCCCCAGCAUCUGUCGUCACAACCCCGUAUUCGGGACCAUGACUUGAACACUCCUUUGCUUUAUCGCUCACUUGGCUCCUUUUCAACUCCCGUCUCUGUCUAAUGAUGGUGCUGCUUCUCAUGAAAUAAUUUUCAACUCAUAUGAGGCAGUUUUCGACUUUACUAUGUUUAUUGGAUUUGAAUAUUGGUUCUAUUGUCCACUUUAAUGCUACCGUACUAUUUUUUCCUGCUUUGUUUGUAUCAGUGAUACGAUGCAGUUAAUGAUCGCUGUUGUUCUUGCUUGAGAAUUAUUCUGUCGGUGAUGGAAAUUGAUUGAGGAUUCCUCGAAUUGAAAUGCAUUACUGAUCUCAUAUUGCCCUAUUUAUUACCGGCCUUCAUCAUUUCAUAUUUUUGCGCUUUUUGCAGUAACUACUCAUUGUAAUGGUAAAUUACGAGUUGACAAAUUAUUCACACCUAGCAUGAACAUUUCGCUUACAAUAUUCUUUGCAGUAAACAUUUUUUGAGUAACAGUAACAGUGUUACUCAAAACAAUGAAGCCCCAAGUGUUGGUGCAUUUUACUUGAAUUCACAAGCUGAAGAUUUUUUUCCGGCAGUGUAACUUUAAUCAUCAAAUAACAAAGUUUUCGCAGAUAAUACCAAGUUAAAGAGAUUCUUGCUUGAAAUUUCUGUUUGUUACUACGAAUCUGCAUUUUGUGCGCUCCAUCUGUUACUGGAUGAGAAGGCAACCUCGUGUCUGUUGCUGGGGGAGAGGGCAACCUCGUGUCUGAUGUUAGAGCGAGAAGGCACCGCCGUGUCUGUUGCUGAGGAAAGAAAGCAUUGUUGUGUCUGUGGCCGUGUUUGAACGACCAUACUGUUUCAUUAUGAAUGGCUAGUUUGAAGAAAUCCAAGUCGGUCGUCUUGAAUUCAUCCUCGUGCGAGUUGAUUGUUGUUAGCAGUUAUUGUUGGUGCUCUUGUGAGAUAAGAACAACGGGGCCGUAUCUUGCACUGUUGUCUAGUGCGGUCGGCGGUAGAAUUUAAUUGGUUAACUUAUUGAUUGAAAUUGAAGCUGGGAUUUAUAAUAAUAUAUCUUCAUUGUGAUAAGACCGCGGCUUGUUGGGAGCUUGCAGCACAAACUAGAACGUUUGUAUCAGCAUCCAAUUUAAUGCUAAUGUUUAUUCUUGCUGUUCGAUUCGGGCAUAAAUUUCGCGACAAAUCACAUCAAAUAUCACCUCGAUAAUUGUUCCCAUUCUGUUUUGCAACGGUAGAUUCCUCUCCAUCACUGUAGAGUUUUGUUCAAGACUUUCUGCUGCCGACCGUUCUGUGGCAAUAGUGGGGCUUUGUUUAUGAAAGUGAUUUUAAUAAGUAAAGAACCUUUCGAAGUAAUGGCUCUAAUUUUAGUGUGAUUGUUUAUUACCAUAAGGAACGAUUCAUUAAACUGUCUCUGUGCCCGCCACCGAUUGCUGCAUUCAUUAAGUUGCUGCCUUAUGGUCCGUGAUGUCUAUGAACACUAAGAAAAAAGAUAAAAGACUAGGAAGUGGACCAGCACCACCAUUCUUUUGGUGCUGCAAAGACAAUGUGGUGUCCAGAAUCUUAGUGUCCAUGGUGAUCAAGAAACAAGAUUAAGGAUUGGCAGUGGACCAGCACCACCACUUGUACAGGGGAUGUGGAACACCUUUAGUUUGAACUGUUGAAGUAUAUACCUAUCAUAGCCGUCAUAUCCAGUCCGACUGGAGUUGUUACUUAAGGCGCAAAUUCCCCUAUGUCAUAGUAGCUCAAGUUUAUUUAAUGUGACAUAGGGAAUAAACAAGACUUUCAACAGGAAGAUGGCUGUGGUUGCACUGCCAUUUUUACAUGUUCGAUCGAUGAUUCAGUCGGUUUAAGUAUUCAGUGACGACGAUCCAAAGUUCUUUGAUUAAGUAAAGUUAUCGCUGUGGGUUCUUAUUUGUCAUUUUAGUUGCUGCAACAUGUUCAUCACUAUCCAUAAUGCUUCACUAUAUUUCAUGGAAUCUUACAAAUAUUUGCUUCGUCACUAUACCAUUCUGUUGUCGUUUGUUGUGGUUUCUGUAGGAUUUCUUCAUAAUCUCAACAUUCCCGUACCUUAACAACUACUAAUCGAGCGACACCUGCGGUCAAACUCCACAUUUUGUCAUCACCUUAUUCGUUUUGAUACCGAGUUAUCGUACUAAGCUACUCUUUUCAGUGUGAUAGUUUUCUUUUAUAUGUUCGUAUGUUAGAGGAAAAUGAUUUGUAAUAACAUUUAUACCUGGGAUAAGUUAAUUGUCUGUUCAACAUCAACACCUUUUGUUUGCCUUGUUUUAUACUUUAAUCACAUUUUCUCUAUAAGUGUGCUUGGUUGAUAUUCGCUAUAUUUCUUCUUAUUUAUAUUUCUUUUGAUCAGCGUCUGUAUUUUUUCGCGAAGUGCGUAUUAUGUGACUUUAUUUAUCGAUUUCUUUUACCAUUGCUUUUGAUUUACUGUCGAAGUUUAACAUCUUUGAGGAAUGAAACGAACAUGAAAUUGGUUGUUAAUCCUUUAAAAUGUUGCCACAUAAUUUUCAAUAUAACUCUCCUCUUUGGAAUAGCAUGACGUGAAUUAUCAUCAGUUUUGAGGCCUGUAGCUUCCUUUCUUGAAUUUUUAAGCGGAAUGAGGUUUUUAAUUUAUUCCACGUGCUAUUUUUGUAAUUAUUUAGACGAUUUAACUUGAAUGCAAUUAUGGGCCGGCUUGCCAUAUAUAGAGCUUUAUGAUGGCCGCGAGUUGUAACUUCAUCCAUUCGCCGUUUCUUUCACUCUUGGUGAUUAACUGAAAAAUUGAUGACGUGAGGCUUAAUUUAAAUACUAAUUUCCUGGUAAUUAUGGUAGAUUUAUUAGCACUGAUAACAUCGCUCACUAGAUAUUAACUUCCAGUAAAUGAAAUGUCUAUCCAUAGGCGGAGAAGAAUCUAGAAAACUGUCUAAUUGAUGUGUGAACUUUCCACGAAUAUGAUUCUUCCAUUAAAAAUAUUUAUCGUUGGAGUAAUUGGCAAAUGAACUACAAAAUAUUAAUUAAUACUUCUGAUAUAGAUUUCAUUUUUUAAUUGCAAAUAUUUUGCCAGUGUCGUUCAAUCCUCGUAAUUUGCAUAGCUGCAAAUAUUUUCAGCAAAGGCAUGUUUAAUUCCUGUCUUAUUAUAAAGCUCGUUUGGUUCGGGAACGCAAUGGAUAGUAAAAUCUGACGAGCUCAAAACUUGGUUGUUAUAAUCUUUGAUUUAAAAUUUCUUGUUCUCGUACACGGAUAUUGGUAGUUGCUUAAUUAAGGUGGAAGUUCUAUCUAAGUGACUGUGCCAAAUUGGUGUGUUGGGCUGUCAUGUGAUAUAGCGGUACACGCACGAUCUCGUGCCGCGGUAGGUGUACGGUAAUAUUUUCUAGAAUUCUGUAGGUCCACAACGACUAGAUUAUUUCAUUUAUAAAUUAAUGUUAGUUAUUGCAAAAUUUAUAGGCGCGAUUGAUGUUGCGGAUGCUAGUGGUCAGUCAUUUCCCUGGUUCAUAGUUCAUUUGCAGUUUUCCAGUCAGUAAAUUCAGCGAGUUCUUGGUUGUUAUGGAUUUACAUGACUUAUGUUGCGUCGAUAUCUACAACGCUGCUAAACUAUGCCUCUUUUUGAUUCUUUCCUGUUUCUUCUGUAGUCAUUUAUGGUCUCAACUACUACCAAUAGACGCUUGAGUAUUGUUGUCUCUCUCGUUUAUUUUAUUCUUUGUGUGAGCUUUCUGCUGUUAUUUGCUUCAGCGAUUUUCGUUUGCUACCUAUUAUUUUACUGUAAUUCAAAACCGUUCACCGGUCGCCAUACUGUUACUGUAGCGAUAAGGAAGCUCCUGGCGUCAGACGUGUCAUUAAAUUUUGUCCCAUGCUGAGAGGCUCGAGUCUACAGAUUUUUCUGCACAAAGGACAGCAAAUAUUACGUGCACAAUACCGACACGAUUUCUUGUUAUGUAUCUAUUUAAACCCAGCCAAUGUAAAUUACCUAUCGCGCUUUGUGGCAUUUCGUGCGUAGAAACGAAGUUGGUUGUGAUUCCAACUCCUGGCCCCAAAUAUUGUUAUUUAAUUGAAUACUGUCUUUUCAACAGUUAUACGCUGCUUUGGUAUUCUAAAACGUCUACUUUACCGAGUUCUACGGCUUCAUGGCCUUUUUCUUAUACUGCCAUAAAACAUACGCGGCUACGGUCAACACUCACAGGUUUCGCCUUUAUUUGCGAUGUUGCACUUUUUGAAGACAAUAAUAUUUGAACGAUCAAUAGUUUUUCACAAUGAGAAUGUGAUUACUGAAUUUAACUUUUACACAUUGUAUCAACUAAUCAACCUCACCUAGGGAUCAUACUACGCAUUACAUUGAAUGUACCUCCGAACGCUAUUGUAACUUUGCAAUGUUGCUGGCUGUAUUGUAAUCAUUCUCAGCCGCGAUUGUGACGCGGAUAAUGAUGGUUAGUGAAAGUUUCUGCCUUGGGUGGUGUAAGCAGAAACUAAGCAAAUAUUUACUGUCGUCAUCGGGAUCAGUUUGAUCAUUUUCAUAUGCAAUUAUAUUUCGCGUUAAAUGUGCAUUGCGCAAGGUUUGUUCGCACUUCUUAUUAAUGAUUUAAAGUCGAUUCGCUGAUUUGAUGUAUUCGACAUCUAAAAUUAUUUAUCUCUAGAUUCAUUAGCUGCUAUAAGUUAAUUAUGUUGGGAUUUCAAUUAACUAAUUUCUUGAUUCGCCUGAGUGUUAUUCUUUAUUCUACAGUCUAAGUCUUUAUUAUUCAGUGUUUACUGACGUGCUAAUCUGACCUGCUGGACCUGUCCAUUUGGUAACUAAAUUGUUAACAAAUUCUUUAGUCUCCUGCACUGCGGUGCCGUUGAUUCACUGGGCUGUUGGCUCAACUUGUCCUGACAUGGGAAAUUGCUUGAAAAAUUUACUUACUAAUAUGUGGUGUAACGAUUGUUUAUGAGAAGCUUUUAUAUUUAUUUCUAGAUUUUCGUAUUAUUUUAGAUGAUUCUUUAUAGCCCUACAGAUAUAUAUUCGAUCAUCGAAAUUGCUCUGGCUGAGAGAAGUCGCCCUUGGAAUAACUGUAUUAUAACGGAUCAUCAUUGCAAAUACAUCUUCCAUUGUUAA